AUGACGACCGACAGCAGUAUCCAGCAGACUCCUUUUAUUAAGCAGCUUGCUGCAAAUGACCGUCCAACCCGCGACAAGGCCGUUGAAUCUCUAAAAGCCUACCUUUCUUCCUCCCGCACCUUCACACAAUCCGACCUGUUAAAGCUCUGGAAAGGACUCUUCUAUUGCAUGUGGCUGUCGGACCGUCCUCGUACACAACAGCGAUUAGCGGACGAACUUGCAUCUCUGGUCGAAGUCUUAAAACCUCAUAAUGUUAUAACAUUUUUAGAAGCGUAUUGGGCGACUAUGACGAGAGAAUGGACAUCUAUUGAUUCACUGAGAAUGGAUAAGUUCAUGCUGUUGGUUAGACGGUAUUUGGCGGCUGAAUUGAGGUGUUUAAAGGCUAUUGGGUGGGAUGAAGGGGUCGUGGGGAGAAGGAAUGAGGUGUUGGAAGGGCUGACGUUGCAUCCUACAAAUUCGAAGAUGCCUGACGGGCUACGGUACCAUGUGGUUGAUAUAUUCGUCGACGAAUUAAUCAAAGUUGCAAAAGUCGAAAAAGAGGCCAGUGAAGACAACGAAGAAGAAGGAAAAGAAGAGGAAGAAGAAGCCGAGGAAGAAUACGACAUCACUCCAGAGCAAACAGAAGCUGUUCUACGACCCUUCCGAAAACUCCAGAAAGAAACAUUGUCAAAGCCGAUACGAAAAAAUGUAACGGAAAUGCUGGAGGAUGAGCGACUGCAACCUCUAUUAAAAGUUCCAAUCGGUUAG